GAGCCGCGCGGGCCGGCUCCGAGCUCGGCUUUGUUCCCGGCCGUGGAGCGGGCCGGCUCGGUCUCCCAGCUCCCUGGUCCCCGCCGCCCCGCGUCCCAGUGGCCAUGAGGCUGCGCGCCCUGACCCCGGGGCCGCCGGCCGGGCCCGCCUGCGAGGCCGGGGGGCACGGACGCCGGCACCAGCCAGAAGAAUUCACCGUGAGUCUGCACAGUUUUAAGAAAAAGACUUUUAAAAAACCCAAAGCCUGCGGAGUUUGCAAAGAAAUCAUCAGCGGCCAGGGGGUUUCGUGCCGAGCCUGCAAGUAUUCCUGCCACAAGAAAUGUGAAGCCCAGGUGGUGGUGCCCUGUGGCGUGGAAGCCCCCCAGGAGCAGGCUCCAGCCCGUUCUGUGCCGCCUGCUCCUGUGUGCUGUGACCAGCCUGCUCGGCCCUCGGCCCUGAGCCCCACCAUGGCAGACGGCCACCAGCUGGACCUCACCUACAUCACAGAGCGCAUCAUCGCCAUGUCCUUCCCCGCCGGCUGCUCCGAGGAGUCCUACCUGCACAGCCUGCAGGCCGUCACACGCAUGCUCAAGUCCAAGCACGGGGACAACUACCUGGUAUUAAACCUUUCGGAGAAGAGAUUUGACCUCGCAAAGCUUAACCCAAAGAUCAUGGAUGUGGGCUGGCCGGAGCUGCACGCGCCGCCCCUGGACAAGAUGUGCACGAUAUGCAAGGCGCAGGAGUCCUGGCUGAACAGCGACCCGCAGCACGUGGUGGUGAUCCACUGCAGGGGCGGGAAAGGACGCAUUGGAGUGGUCAUCUCGUCCUACAUGCACUUCACCAACGUCUCGGCCAGUGCUGACCAGGCCCUGGACAGGUUUGCCAUGAAGAAGUUUUAUGAUGACAAAGUCUCAGCGUUGAUGCAGCCUUCGCAGAAGCGGUACGUGCAGUUCCUCAGCGGGCUGCUGUCGGGCUCCGUGAAGAUGAACGGCACGCCCCUCUUCCUGCACUGUGUCGUGCUGCACGGCACCCCCAACUUCGACACUGGCGGAGCCUGCCGGCCCUUCCUGAAGGUCUACCAGGCCAUGCAGCCCUUGUACACAUCGGGGAUCUACAACAUUGGCCCUGAGAGCCCGAGCAGGAUCUGCAUUGCCAUAGAGCCGGCCCAGCUGCUGAAGGGGGACGUCAUGGUGAAGUGCUACCACAAGAAGCACCACUCUGCCACGCGCGACGUGGUCUUCCGGCUGCAGUUCCACACGGGUGCGGUGCGGGGCCACUCGCUGGUGCUGGGGAAGGAGGAGCUGGACGGCGCCUGUGGCGAUGACCGCUUCCCUGACUACGGGAAGGUGGAGUUGCUGUUCUCGGCCACGCCGGAGAAGAUCCAAGGCUCUGAGCACCUGUACAACGACCACCGCAUCCUUGUGGACUUCAACACGGCAGACCCCCUCAUCUGCUGGGAUUCCUAUGAGAACCUGAGUGCCGACGGUGAAGUGCUGCACACACAAGGCCCGGUAGACGGCAGCCUCUAUGCCAAGGUGCGGAAGAAGAGCUCCCCUGACCCCUGCAGCCCCCAGGCCCUGCCGGCCACUGGCAGCCCGGACCACAGCGACCACACCUUGUCGGUCAGCAGCGACUCGGGCCACUCUACCGCCUCCGCCAGGACAGAUAAGACUGAGGAGCGGCUGGCCCCGGGGCCGCCCAGGGGCUUGAGCCCGCAGGAGAAGGCCGAGUUGGACCAGCUGCUCAGUGGCUUUGGCCUGGAGGACGCAGGGGGUGGCUUCAAGGACAUGAUGGACGUGCACAGCAAGUUUGGGGGGACGCGCCACGUGGUGCCUGCGCAAGUGCAUGUGAACGGCGACGCUGCCCCGAAGGACCGGGAGACGGACAUCCUGGACGACGAGAUGCCACACCUGGACCCACACAGCACGGACAGCCUGGGCACCCUGUCCUCGUUGGAGGGGCAGCCGUCCGCCCACCUGGGCCCCUUCGCCUGCCACCAGAGCAGCCAGCACUCUCUGUUGUCCGACGCCUUCAGCUGCCCGGUUGGGGAGGAUGGGCCCCCCAGCCUGGGCCUUGGUGUGGACGCCCUCUAUGAGCGGGAGCGGACGUUUGCGGGUGGCCGGGAGCACAAGCAGCUGCAGCCGGUGCUGAGGAAGCCAUCGGCGCCCAUGCCCAUGCCAGCCUACGGGCAGAGCGGCUACCCGACCCAGAGCUGGGUGCAGCAGCAGCAGAUGGUGGCUGCCCAGCAGUACAGCUUUGUGCCUGACAGGGACGCCAGGCUGGGUAGCCAUGACCUGGCCGACGGAUCUGGCCUGGUGCAGGCCCCGCCUCGGCUCCCGGUCACCCCCGCCCGAGGGGCCAGCAGCAGAGUGGCCGUGCAGCGGGGCAUUGGCCAUGGGGCAGACGCACCUGAUGCCCAACAGCCCUGCCCCGGCAGAGCCUUCCAGCCCAGGCUUCCAGACCAGAAGGUGCUGAAUGGAGCCGGCGAGGAGCCCAGUUCAGGCCCUGCCCCCGGCUCCCCCACGCUGGACAUCGACCAGUCUAUCGAGCAGCUCAACAGGCUGAUCCUGGAGCUGGACCCCACCUUCGAGCCCCUCCCCACCCACAUGAACUGCCUGGGAGGCCCGGCCAAUGUCUCCUCGUGUCCUGACAGCACGGGAGGUGGCCUUCGGGCCAGCAGCAGGCUGCCCGGCCCCAUGGAGAGCCCCAGCAGGAGCCCCUCCAGGAAUCCAGGCCCCUCUGGCGACGAGCCCCUGGGUGGAAGGCUCCGGAAGAUGAGCCUGGGACAGUAUGACAACGACUCCGGGGCUCAGCUGCCCUUCUCCAAGUGUGCCUGGGCGAAGGCCAGCGUGGAUUCAGCCCCAAGCCGGGAACCUUUCCCCUCUCCCGGGGACACCAAGGAGAGGGUGAUCCCCGCGUACCCCUCAGACCUCCACGGGAUCGAUGGCAGGGUGCUCAAUAACAAGGAGCCAGUGUGUUCGACGCCAGCCUUUCCUGUCUCUCCAGAGACUCCGUACGUGAAGACCCCGCCCUACUACCCUGCGUUCAGCCCGCCUGAGGCCCCGAUGAGCAGCCCAGCUGGUGCACCCAGAGGUGGACACGAUCCACACAGCUGCUCCGAGGUCCCCAGCCACGCCUCGGGGAUGUCAGAGAGCCCUCUGGGACCCAAACCUGCGAUGCUCCGGGCUGAUGUGGCUGAGACGCCCACCUUCCCACAGGCGUUCACCGCUUCCUGCAUGGUGUCCAGCCACUGCCCAGGCCAGCGCCGAGAGAGCCUGCCCUCCACAGAGCGCCAGUGGCUGGAGAGCAGCCCCAAGUCCACUCUGACCCUGUGGGGCAGCAGCCGGCCCUCUGGAAGUCCCCUGGGUGCUAGCGAGUUCUCAGGCCUGGGCAAGGAUGCCCCAGGGCCGCCCUGCUUUCCAGCCUCAGACCUGCAGGCCUCUUUCCAUGGCCACGAGCUGACCCUGGCAGGGCCGCCGGGCUCUCUGUCCGCCCCGGGCAGCCAGGCCUUCCUGGGCUUCAGCACCGUGGCCCCAGUGGGAGGUGGCCUUGCGCCUGGUGAGGAUCCGGGCUCCCUGCUGCCCACUGCCCACGGAGUGCCCCCGACCCCCGGCGGGGCCCUGACCGCACCAGCUGCCGCCAGCAAUGGCUUCCUGUCCCACAACUUCCUCACUGUUGUGCCUGGACACAGCGGCUGCCACAGCCCCAGCCUGCAGGGCCAGGGGGCGAGCCUGCCCGGGCAGCCGCCACUGCCAGAGAAGAAGCGGGCCUCGGAGGGGGACCGGUCCCUGGGCUCCGUGUCCCCCUCAUCCAGCGGCUUCUCCAGCCCGCACAGCGGCAGCACCAUCAGCAUCCCCUUCCCCAGCGUCCUGCCUGACUUCUCCCGGCCUGCGGAGGCCGCCUCGCCCCUGCCAGAUAGUCCAAACGACAAACUAGUGAUCGUCAAAUUUGUUCAGGACACUUCCAAGUUCUGGUACAAGCCGGAUAUCUCGAGAGACCAAGCCAUCGCCAUGCUGAAAGACAAAGAGCCCGGGUCCUUCAUCGUGCGGGACAGUCACUCCUUCCGGGGUGCCUACGGCCUGGCCAUGAAGGUUGCCACCCCUCCUCCUUCUGUCCUGCAGCUGAACAAGAAAGGGGAUCUGUCCAAUGAGCUCGUCCGGCACUUCCUCAUCGAGUGCACCCCAAAGGGCGUCCGGUUGAAAGGGUGCUCCAAUGAACCGUAUUUCGGGAGCCUGACCGCCCUGGUGUGCCAGCACUCCAUUACGCCCCUGGCCUUGCCCUGCAAGCUGCUCAUUCCAGAGAAAGAUCCACUGGAGGAAAUAGCAGAAACCUCUCCCCAGACGGCUGCCAACUCUGCCGCCGAGCUGCUGAAGCAGGGUGCAGCCUGCAACGUGUGGUACCUCAACUCCGUGGAGAUGGAGUCACUGACCGGCCACCAGGCGGUGCAGAAGGCGCUGAGCCUGACGCUGCUGCAGGAGCCCCCACCCCUGUCCACUGUGGUCCACUUCAAGGUGUCGGCCCACGGCAUCACACUGACGGACAAUCAGAGGAAGCUCUUCUUCCGGAGGCAUUACCCCGUGAGCAGUGUGAUUUUCUGUGCCUUGGACCCUCAGGACAGGAAGUGGAUCAAAGAAGGCCCCUCCUGCAGAGUCUUCGGGUUUGUGGCCCGGAAGCAGGGCAGCGCCACCGACAACGUGUGCCACCUGUUCGCGGAGCACGACCCCGAGCAGCCUGCCAGCGCCAUCGUGAACUUCGUGUCCAAGGUCAUGAUUGGCUCCCCCAGGAGGAUCUGAGGCCCGGGAGCCCGGCGGGGCAGCGGUGGGGCCAUGGGCAUUGCUUCUCCUCGGCCAGGGUCUCCAGGGCAGGACGUGCAGGGAGGGGACAGAGCAGUCUCCACAGACCGGCAUCUGAGGGCACUAAGGAAACCGCCACCUCCUUUGGCAGAAGCAGCCCUGUCCUGCAGCACCAGGACUGGCCACUCCCCCAGCAGCGCGGACGGGACAGAAGGGGUGGCGUGACUGAUAAAGGUCUGUGCGGGUCAGGCCCCUCUGAAACAGUGACGACAUGAACAUGUGCACAGUGGUGUGGGCUGUGAGAACUGGGGCAGUGGCAGCCUUUUUGUGUUAUGGAGGAGGGUGCGAUGUCAGAGGCCCCUUCUGCAUGUGCCAUGGCUCCGUGCUCCCACUCACAUUCCACAAGCCAGGCUGGGGCAGCACCCAGGAGGACCCUGAGAGGAAAAAGGAGAAGAUGGGAGCAAAAAAUGCCGUUUCUCUGUAAUUUAUAUUUUACAUAUGCCAAAUUAUUUAUAACCUUUGCCAUAGCUAUACUGUUCCAGUGUCGAAUGCUGCAGUGGCCCUGCGGUGGUCUGCGGGAUGCCCUGCAGGCUCUGGGCCCCCAAAGUGCAGGGGGCCUUGGACCAGGGUGGCCCAAGGAGGGUUUCCCCACCCAGCCAGUGGCCGUUGUCUUCCCCCGAGGAGGGUGGGAAGCAGCAGCCCCUGCUCAGGCCUGGGUGAGGACAGAGGACAAGGAGUGGAGUGGGAGAAUCUGCCUGGUGUCAUCCCUGCGUGGCCGCUUGUCCCCUUGUGAGCCGCCUGGGGCCCCGGCUCCGAUCCCGGAAGUGUAGUCCCCCUCGAAGACCCUUGGGCAGUGCGGCUGGGCCUCUCCUAAAAAGAGCAGUGAAGACAACAUUGCCACGGGCAACUUGGGACCAGGCAGGCCGGGGUGGACGUUAUGUGUGUGUGUGUGUGUGUGUGUGUGUGUGCGCGCGCGCGUGCGCGUGCAUGUGUACGAGUGUGUGUGUGCAGGUGUGUGUGCAUGUGUGUGUAAGCUGUGGACCCCACUUUCUAGCUCCUAUGCACCAGAUACAAGUGCCUCGUUUCUGUGCCAAACGCCUGCCCUGGUCUCCGCAUCCUCCUGAUGUCCUGGCUGCUGCCCCCAGCGGCCAGUGUCUGGCUGCUCACCUGCAGCGGGCACCCGGGAGGGGCGCCGGGGCCUGGGGUGCUGGGGACCCCGCAGGCCUGCUGUCUAAGCGGAUGGACCUGUGGAUCCUCCCUGAAGGUCAAAGAAGUGAGGGUGUGGGGAAUCAGCAACCAGCAACACGGAAGCCCCCCGUGGCCCGAGCUGGUACGAUGCAAUGCCUCGCAUGCCGGUCCCCGGGCCUGCACGCGUCCUGGGAGCAGCGGUGAGCGCCGCCCUGCCGGUCACGAGGCGCCGCGUUCCUGCAGUGUGGGCUGUGACCGCGGAAGAGCCACGCUGAGCCUCCUUCCGCCCAGCGUGCGCGACCGCGGACGUCUCCGUGUCUGCCUUACUUCUUAACAUGCUACUCCUUGAUGUUGUGAAGAAUAUAUCCAGUAUGUAAAUGAAUGUGCGCCCAAGCCGCUGUAUAGUCAAUUUUCUCUGCCCUUUAAAUAUCAUCUCUAUUCAGAGUAUAAUAAAAAUGACGAGCUUGGUAAGGCUCCGGGA